UCCUUCUCCGCAGAGAAAAAUGAUAACAAAUUUCUUCAUUCGAAAAAGUGAAAUCCAUGGAGUGGAAGCUCAAAUAGUUCCGUAAAUUAUCCAUUUGUGAUGGAUUUAAUCCACGAUUACGAACAGCAGUACGCUGUUUUGACCGCGGAAAUCACCGCCCAGAUAGGUCGCCUUGCUUCGUCCUCAGGAGGUGAAAGAAACAAACUAAUUUCGGAUAUCGAUCGGCAAUUGGAGGAAUCGCAGGAACUGCUGGAACAGAUUGGACUGGAAAUUCGUGAUGUCCCACAGGCAAAUCGACCGGGAUACACGUCCCGCUUAAAUUGUUACCAGGCGGAGUGGAAGAGACUGCAGCAGGAAUUUUCCAAUGCAAAAACGGAUCGACCGAAGGGAGCGGCCGGCUACGAUUCGGUGGACGAGUUCGAUGAGAUUGGUAUUCAGGAGGAUCAGAAGCGUCGGCUGCUGGACAAUAGCGAACGGUUGGAGCGGACGGGUAACUACCUGAGAGAUAGCUACCGGGUGGUGCUGGAAACGGAACAGAUCGGAAGCCAGGUACUGCAGGAUUUGGGCGAACAACGGGAGACUAUUCAGCGAGCGAGAGGACGGUUGCGUGAAACCGAUGCUGAGUUGGGUCGUUCCUCGAGAUUGCUGAAUUCUAUGAUGGCGCGGGCGUUGAGAGAGAAGAUUGUACUUGUAGCUGUGGCUGUCGCGAUAUUUCUGGUACUGUUUUUAAGUAUUUACUUCUCGAUUUCUUCAGAUUAGAAACAUAAGAAUAUUUUUAUUGAUUGUGUGAUUAUUACGACGUAAAGUAGCCUAUUUUAUUUAAUUUUCCAUCAGAGAUUUAUAUGGUUUUAGAAACGAUCAUCUUUAUUAUUGUGUUGUAAAAAGCUGCAUUAUAUAGAAUAAACGUAAACACAUUCCAGA